GUUCCUUAUUAACUGGGAGCAGCUGGCUGGGCCGAGUCUUAAGCCACCGCAGCAGAAGGAGCCCAGGAAAGCGGUCCCUGCUGUGGAGCGGAUUCCUCCCAUCAGCAUGGCUCAGGCAUUCGUGGACAGCAAAAUCCAGCCUGGGAAGGUGGUGGUCUUCAUCAAGCCCACCUGCCCCUUCUGCAAGAAAGCACAAGAGAUCCUCAGCCAACUGCCCUUCAAGCAAGGGUUCCUGGAAUUCGUGGAUAUCACGGCCGCCAACGACAUGGAUGGGAUUCAAGAUUAUUUUCAGCGGCUUACAGGGGCCAGGACGGUGCCUCGAGUCUUCAUUGGCAAACAUUGCAUCGGGGGCUGCAGCGACCUGGAGGCCCUUCAGGAGAAGGGGGAGCUGGUGACACGGCUGAAGCAGAUUGGCGCACUGCGGCAGUGAUGGGGUCAGCCCCACCCUGCCGGGCCCCCUAGAGAGCCGGACAGCUUGGCAAGCAAUGGCAGCACUUCCUGGGGGACAGAAGUUUGCACAGAAAUUCUCCUCUGGCCUCUGAAUCGUCCAGCCGAGUGACUCUCCCCAGCAGGCUGAAAGAAAGCACGUGGUUUCCCUCUGUGUUGGUUCCCGCCGUGCUGGAGGACCACGCCACAUUCUGGUUUGGGCUCUGCUCACUCACCCGGAAGCCGUCCUUUCUUGAAUGCAUUUUGUCCUAUUCUCUGUGGGCUGCAGGGCCCCGAUUUGUGAGUCAGUAUCUGUCAACAUGAUUGUCCAACACCACCCCCAACCCUUCCCACCCUCCCAAAACUCAACUGGGCUCCCAGAUGUUUCAUAAGAGGCUGCCGUGAUCUGGCUGGGCCUGACUUCCCAGAGUUCCGAUGAGGGAAUGGGUGGGUGUUUAGAAUGUAUCUUUUCAAUUGCGUCCACAUGUUUCCCCAAGCGCCCAGCCUCCCAGCUGUGUCCAUGGCCAUGCCCUGCUGGCUCGCAGAGCCUGUAUGUCGUCCAGCCACUCUCCAAGGGUCUGAGUUGGAGACCACGUUGGUGUCCACUCCAUGUCAAGGGCACAAGUGUAGACGUUGUGGUUCCAUGGCAGCUCAGUCCAGAAGACGGGUGUCCAGACCCUCCCAGACAAUUGUGUGUGAACCAGAUUCCUGGCUAAAGUACAGCAAAUGUUCUGUUCCCCCAAGAGUGCCUGAAAGGAGCCAGAUAAACACUCUGCUGAGUGAUUUUCUUUUCUUUUUCUUUUUUUUUUUUUUUUUGAUUCCACACUAAAAAUGGUGAUGCGUGUCUGUUCUGGAUGGUAAGAUUGAGUUCACCUCUAUCUGUAGACUCCAGUAAGAAUGAUUCACUUUUCUAAUAAAGUGGCCAAAAUGAC